CCCAUUUCUUUUCAGGCAAUUAUCGAGACAGCACAUCCUGUGCCCGGGUCCUUUUGUAAUAACAACAUGGCAGCCUUCUGCAGGGGAAGACACCGGUGGAAAAGAGCUAAUUGCUUGCAUGUUUUGACAAGAAAUCUGACAGGGAAGUAUGACUAUGACCUGGUGGUUAUUGGUGGUGGUUCAGGAGGCCUUGCUUGUUCCAAAGAAGCGGCACAGGCUGGACAGAAAGUUGCGGUUUUAGAUUAUGUGGAGCCAUCUGUUACAGGUACCAAAUGGGGUCUUGGUGGAACAUGUGUUAAUGUUGGCUGCAUUCCUAAGAAGCUCAUGCAUCAGGCUGCUCUACUUGGCACUGCAAUCAAAGAUGCUGGAAAGUAUGGCUGGCAGAUAUCAGGGCCAGUCCGCCAUGACUGGGUCACCAUGGCAGAGGCUGUGCAAAACCACGUCAGGUCUCUAAACUGGGGUCACAGAGUUCAGCUGCAGGACAAGAAGGUGAAGUAUCUGAACAUGAAAGGAAGCCUGGCGGAUGAACACACUGUUAAAGGACUAACGAAAGCAGGGAAAGAGACCAUUCUCACUGCCCAGAACAUUGUGAUCGCCACAGGGGGACGGCCCAAGUAUCCCACAAACAUCCCUGGAGCAGUGGAGCACGGCAUCACCAGCGACGACAUCUUCUGGCUGAAAAAGUCGCCCGGGAAAACGCUUGUGGUUGGAGCCAGUUAUGUGGCUCUGGAGUGUGCAGGCUUCCUCACUGGCAUUGGCUUGGACACUACAGUGAUGGUUCGCAGCAUCGCCCUCCGGGGGUUUGACCAGCAAAUGGCAGGUCUAGUGACAGACUACAUGGAGGCAUAUGGGACCAAGUUUGCAUGGCAAUGUGUCCCAAAGAGAGUGGACAAACUCUCCUCAGGAGCUCUGCAGGUGACCUGGACAGACACCAACACAGGCAAUGAACACAAGGACACCUACGACUCUGUGUUAUGGGCGGUUGGCCGAGCCCCUGAAACCAAAGCCCUGGGCCUGGACAAGCUUGGUGUGCAACUUAACAAAGAGACGGGGAAAAUACUUGUGGGCGCCGAUGAAUCCACGUCGGUGCCAAACAUCUAUGCUUUCGGAGACGUUGGGGAGGGUCGUCCUGAAUUGACUCCAACAGCAAUUAAAGCGGGAAAGCUACUCGCCCGCAGAAUGGCUGGUCACAGCACUGAGCUCAUGAAAUACGACAGUGUGCCCACCACAGUGUUCACUCCCCUCGAGUACGGCUGUGUGGGUCUCUCUGAGGAGGAGGCCGAGAAGAAGCAUGGAAAAGAUGGAAUAGAGGUCUACCAUGCAUUCUACAAACCCCUAGAAUUCACUGUCGCAGAGCGAGAUGCCAGCCAGUGUUACCUGAAGGUGGUAUGUGAGCGUGGUGGAGAGCAGAAGAUCCUGGGUCUGCACUUCACUGGUCCAAACGCUGGAGAAGUCACACAGGGCUUUGCUUUGGGUUUCCAGUGUGCCGCAACAUAUUCCCACCUGUUGCAGACAGUAGGCAUCCACCCAACCUGUGCUGAGGAGGUGACCAAGGUCAACAUCACAAAGCGCUCUGGCUUGGAUGCUACAGUCACCGGUUGCUGAGGUUAAGCCCCUCGGUCUCUGAACACUACUGAGCACACAGGAAACAAGUUAGCCUGGGUUUGUGCUGCUCUUUCUCCUCAUUCCUCUCCUUCUGUUUGGCCCCAAAAUGGCCCCAGAUUUCCUGUGCAACAGGAUCUCAUCAUGAACCAGUUCUGCUGGUCAUCCCUAGCUGCCCAAGUUAGUGUCACUGACACGUCAUGUGAUAACCAAGACUAUGAUUAUCCCAUGCACGGUGCAGGUUGUGAGUGUAUGCUCUGAAAGCAUGGGUCUACAGGUUAGUGAGAGCUCAGUGUUUUGUUGAAAACUUACGAGAACUGUAGACCAAGCCCUAACAUUUUUCUGAAUAUAUAUUCUGCAAAUAUUGUUGUUUCUCCGGCUGUACUUCCUGUCCAUUAGUCUUUUAGAUGACACAUACCAUACACCCCCACAAACCCUCCCCAUGACACUGAUGGAUAGCUCCUGGGCUGUCGUCACAGCGUCACCGCCCCAUUUCCCAUGGACACACACAAACAGUCGGCGGGCCGCCUGUCAGUCAGCCAGACCUGGGCAAUGGGCACCUUCCCAGUGGGGCCCUAAACAAGCCAUGGGACUACAAACAUGUGGUGUCAAAAGCUGUGUGGAUGCCAUAGCCCAGGCCCAGGGCAACUCUACCCAUUGACAACAGAGCUGGGAGAGCUCUGCUUUAACUGUACUCCUCAGUUUCACCCAAAGGUGGCACUGUUGCCCUCCAAUAAACCCUUUUUUCUGAACCAAGAAUGGAAGGCAGUUUAAACUACCCACUGGAUAAAACAUAAGCCUGAAUACUUUCAGGUUGCACAUUUAAUCCCUUUAAUCCCUAUAAAAGAUAUGUGCUUUUGUAAGACGUCUGAAAGCAGACAGGCUCUGUUGGUGCCAAACUGAUAAGGGUUAUCUGUUGUUGGAUGGCAGGUUAGGCCUAAACAGUCAUCACCCUCAAAGAUAAAGCGUGUUGUUUAUAUCAAUAAAGCAGUAAUAGACCCCCACAGUUUGCCAAAGUUCCCAAAUGUUCAACCUGUUGGCUGUGCUGAACAUCUUGGGUUUAUUAAGUAGAAGAAGAGGGAGGAGGAGGAGGACUGUCAAUAAAGAGGGUUGCUACAGAAAUCGGGGGACCUAUGAGGAGGCUGCUGGAUAUAGUUUAUUUUUAUUUGAAGUCUAAUCUGCCUAGUCUGAUUAAUGAUUUUGUUGAGGGGUGUGACAGUGUGCCAGGAGAUGGGGAGCGGAAAAAGAAAGAGAGAGAGAGAGAGAGAGCGAGAGAGGUACCAGGUUUAUUUGGACCUGGGCCAGAGGAGAGAGAGCUGAGUUUCAGCUCUGGUUAGGGAGGGAAGGGGGAUUCCUGUGUGCUCUGUUCAGGGCCGAGGUGCUGACUGAAGGACCCUGACCUCCGCUCAGCAGGAACAGCUUGACUCUAUCACUCGGAGCACAGAUCGCUCGCAUGCUGCAGCACUGCACGGCAGGGGCCGGGGGGGGGCACAGGGUGGAUGGGCAGGGGACAGACACAGCCAACCAAGCAGCCAACCAACACAAUACUGAGCAUUAGCAGCGUGCUUGCCCAGGGUAAUUGAGUCGGUGUUCCUGUGCUUAACAAGGCACUUCAGAGACCUCAGGGUGGGCCCAAGGCAACGUGAGGGAAGUUAUUGAGGCCAUAAGUGUAACUGUAAUGUCUGUUUGCUUUUUACCUUCUGCUUCCCUCGAGCUUUUUUUCCCUUUACUCUUUCAUAGUAUACACGGUAAGGCUGUUCACACGCACAAAAUCAGAUAUUAGUUAGGAUGAAAUUUUCUUUAAUGACCUGUCUGUCUAAUUUGAAUGAUAAUUGAAUUAAUCUGUCACUCAAGGGCCCAAGACCUGAUCAGUUAGACUCAGCUGUGCCUCACAGGGGGUUGGGGUUCAACUUUCAGGUCAGCCAGCUCAUGAUGACUUGCACUAAAACCCAAAACUGGGGAGUGCAGGCCUGAUGUCACCUGGCUGCCAACUUUAGUAGUUGUAAAUAGAGAAGAGUAAUUUUCCAGUAAAAGCUUUGUUAUACAUAAUUUAUAUGUAAAGUAAUGCAUUGGAAUGCACAGUGUCACCAUUAAAAUAAUGAUGCCUA